CUCGACCCCAACCCACCAUCGCUACCCACGUUCUACGUCUUCGCCUUAUGCUGCCUGCAUAAUUCGAGCUGCAGCACUACCCCAUCCACCCGCGACUUUUAUUCCGACUUCACAUUCGACAUUGACUCCCAGCGCUAGUCCAUCAUGGCCGGCCCACAACGGCCUGCCUCGGGGCUGCCAACAAGACGCACGACCAUGACGCGUGCUACCACUACGCGCCAGCCCACAACCAGGAGAGCUGGCUCUACUGUACCCUCGACAAGAGCAGGAUCUCCGGCAACCACAGCUAAACCGACCACUUCUAGCGGAGCGCGGGUAUUGAAAUCCCCGUCCGAACCUGCUAGCAUCACCGCAAAGCGCAAGGAAAGAGACUACGAGCGCGAGAUCAAUGAAGACACCAGCAUUCAUGUCGUCGUGAGAUGUCGAGGCCGCAAUGAGAGAGAGAUCAAGGAAAACAGUGGAGUCGUGGUAUCGACCCCGGAGGGAGUGAAGGGGAAGACCGUGGAGUUGUCCAUGGGGCCGAAUGCGCUGGCAAACAAGACCUACACGUUCGACAAAGUCUUUUCAGCGGCAGCCGAUCAAGUCGCUGUCUACGAAGAUGUGGUGCUACCGAUAGUCAACGAGAUGCUUGCCGGAUACAACUGCACAAUCUUCGCCUACGGACAGACAGGAACCGGCAAGACGUACACAAUGUCAGGUGACAUGACCGAUACAUUGGGAAUAUUAUCCGACAAUGCUGGUAUUAUUCCGAGAGUUCUGUAUUCGUUGUUUCACAAGCUCCAGGACACAGAGAGCACCGUGAAGUGCUCAUUCAUUGAGCUAUACAACGAAGAGCUUCGCGACCUGCUUUCAGCCGAAGAAAACCCCAAACUGAAGAUCUUCGAAAAUGAAUCGAAAAAGGGAUAUGGAAGUACACUCGUGCAGGGAAUGGAAGAAACGUUUAUCGACACUGCAACCGCCGGUAUUAAAUUGCUACAGCAGGGCAGUCACAAGCGCCAGGUCGCUGCAACGAAAUGCAACGACCUCAGUUCUCGGAGUCACACAGUUUUCACCAUUACCGUACUUACGAAGCGAACGACCGAGUCUGGCGAAGAGUAUAUCAGCUCCGGAAAGUUGAACCUGGUCGAUUUGGCCGGCAGCGAGAACAUCCAGCGCAGCGGUGCUGAGAACAAGCGCGCGGCUGAGGCUGGCUUGAUUAACAAGAGUUUGCUGACUCUCGGCCGUGUGAUUAAUGCCCUGGUCGACAAAAGCGCUCACAUUCCGUACAGAGAGUCCAAGCUCACGCGUCUGCUGCAAGAUUCUCUUGGAGGACGAACAAAAACUUGCAUCAUUGCGACGGUUACACCUUCCCGCGGCAACUUGGAGGAAACGAUAUCCACCUUGGACUAUGCCUUCAGAGCGAAGAAUAUCCGCAACAAGCCCCAGAUCAACUCUACCAUGCCCAAGAAAACCCUUCUCCGUGAAUUCACGUCAGAGAUCGAAAAAUUGAAGGGUGAACUCAUUGCCACGCGACACCGCAACGGCGUGUAUAUGAGCGUGGAUGCCUACGAAGAAAUGACUAUGGAAAGUGAAUCCCGAAGAAUUGUCAACGAGGAGCAGCGCGCAAAGAUCGAGUCCAUGGAGUCUAGUUUGCGGCACAAAGUCCAGGAGCUGUUCACGCUUACGAGCAACUUCAAUGAUCUGAGGAAGGAUAACGAGAAGACGCGUACUGCGCUUUCCAGAACGAAUGAUGUCCUUGCGCAGACCGAUAUUGUUCUGAAAGAUACCAAGGCUCAGCUGGAAGAGGAAGAGACGCUGCGUAAAGCGCACGAGGAGACAGAAGAUCGGCUUCGUGAUCUUGGCGCAGGCCUUCUGUCGACUUUGGACACGACUGUUGCAGACGUUCAUAGCCUGCAUGGCAAGAUCCAACGCAAAUCGGACCUGGAUACGGCCAACAAAGAAGCGUGGCAAGUGUCAACAGCAGAGGUCUCGGAUGUGACUGCGGUCAUCGAUUCGAGGGUGGAAGCAUUCCAAAUGCAGCAUUCCGAGCUUGUGGAGGGCAUGUCCGACAAAAUCAAUGAAUUUGUCACACAGGAGCUUGGUAACAUUGAGACACAGCAAUCUAAAUUGCUGGAAUCCACUGCUUCCUUUGACCGAGCAGAGCGCGAGGCGAAGGCCCAGACUUCCGGUGCCCAUGAUGAGAUGAAUGAGGUUCUGGAGGAGAUCAAGGAUCUGCGAGAGGAAGUGAAGCGAAAGGUCGGGGACGGUCUGAAUGGUCUGUCUGCUGCUGCUGCUCGCAUUUCGAAAGAAGUAAUUGGCGAAUUUGCCGAGUUCCAUGAGCAGCUGCAUACAUCCUAUAGCACCCUGGGAAAAGAUUUCAAAUCUAUGUUUGAGGACAUGGUGAACCAUCUCAACGGACAGAAGGCGGAAAUCAACAAACUGCGACUAGAACUCCAGGAGGCUAAUCAGAAGACCGUCGAGGCUAACCGCAAGGCCUCCUCCCACUUGGCACAGACCCUCGAAGAAGAGAACGCUAAUGCACAAGCGGAGCGUGACCUUCUGCUGUCACAAAUGAAGUCGUUGAUAGAGGAGUCUCGGCAAAGGCAAUUCAGCCGGUUGAAGGGCAGGGUUGACACCGUGCGGACGGAUCUCUCGUCUUCAGGAGAUUCCCUGGAGCAUGCUACUGCACACUACGACCGCCAGGUUGAUGAGUGGGUGUUCAAGUCUGAGCAGUUUGCCAAGGACGUCAAUGCAUCCAAGGAUGAGAUUAGGUUUAAGAUGCAAAGUGACUGGGAGACGUUCGAUCAACGCAAUCUCUCGAUUCAAAAGACAACCGAGUCGGUUCAUGAGGAAACGGUCCGUAUCGUGGAUGCUCAGAUGAACAACAUGAGCAAGCAGAUGGAAGCCCUCGAUGACUUCGUGGCCAAGGCGCGGUCUCAAAAUGGACUCUACCGUGAUGCCCAUAUAUCGAGCCUCCAGAACAUGGCGUCCAAUGUCUACCAGUCUUACUCUGGAAUGAACGGGCAGUUUAUGGAACUGGGUGGUCGCCUUGGCGAGCUGCAAGAAGGUGCAAUCCAGCAACAAAUCAAUCUGCAAGAGUCCGCGGUGCCGCUGUCAGACGACGUCCGCAAGCCCCUGAUCGACCUUCGCGAGAAUAUGGCAAACCGGCAAUUCAAGGAGUAUGUGGCCACGGGGGCUACUCCCAAGAAACGCAAGUACGAGUAUCCAUCCGAUCUGCCCCGGACGGAGGCGCAUGAUUCCAUAAAAUCCCGGAUGAGGACCUCGCGGCAGUUUUCGGCGCUCCCCUUCAGCGGCGAAGACUCGCUUUCUCCACUUGGCAGCUCUCCCGGGACCCCCCCAUCCAAAGGCUUCGUUUUCAACGAUGCCGAGGACGAGGUAGGAACUCUACCAUCUAAAUCCACGGGUACACCUUCCAACACGGGACUUAGGGAAGUCGAUGCAAACGUCGUAAAACCGCUCGGAUCUAACGCCAAGAGCCAUGCCUUGAGGAAGUCGUCUACCACAGCCUUGGACAAGCCUCUGGGUACGAUGGCCAAUACACCGGAACCCGAGGAUGCGGACCAGCCGCCUGCGAAGAGACGUUGCUCCAACCUCACAACGACCGACAGCAAGCUGUCGCAGAAGAUGCUCACGAAAAAGAUGGCCGGCAUGAUGGAAGGGCCAGAAAACGUGCCGCCAUCCAGUGCCCGAAGGCUUCGGAACCAGCCUUCUACUUGAUUUGAUCUUGCUUGACCUGUUACUUUCCGUUACUUUCCGUUACUUUCCGGUGUGGACACCACUGUUCGCUGUAACUCGUGGUAGGCGUUAUGGGACGGAUACCCCGGGAAUCGGCAGCAUACACGGAGAAAGGCAGUUGCUUAGCAAAAAUGUUUGGUGCCCGGCUGGAUGACGAGACGGGUUGUGUUUGUGUACUUUAUGGGGUUGCGGGAUUUUGGUGAUCUACAGUUUGGUGUUUGGUGUUUCUUCUCAUCCGCUUCUGGUGGAAAUAGAUACCUGGGUUUUGUUGCUGCUAUUAGAUCAC